UGCGACUGUCUCUGCUUCUUCCGACUUCACAGAGAGAGAGAGAGAGAGAGAGAGAGAUGGGGAGCGACACCGAAGCGGAGAGAGCGCAGAAGGAGAAGGAGAAGGAGAGGAAGAAGGUGGCGGCGCUGGCCCCCAUCGCGAAGCCCCUCGCUGGCAAGAAGCUCGGCAAGCGGACCCUCAAGCUCGUCCGUCGAGCUGCUGAGCAGAAAUGCUUGAAAAGAGGUGUGAAGGAGGUGGUCAAGAGCAUCAGGCGCGGUCACAAAGGAUUAUGCGUCAUUGCUGGCAACAUAUCACCUAUUGAUGUGAUCACUCAUGUUCCCAUUCUAUGUGAAGAAAAUGAUAUCUCCUAUAUAUAUGUUCCCUCGAAGGAGGAUCUAGCAAAUGCAGGAGCAACAAAGAGGCCAACAUGCUGUGUUCUGGUACUUACAAAGCCAACUAAGGGUGAAUUAGGCCCAGAAGAGCAAGAAAAAUUAAAGGCUGAUUAUGACCAAGUUGUAACAGAAGUAUCUGAACUUACCUCCACUCUUUUUUAAAACGUCGCCAUCCUUAGGGAUCUGCUUCUUUUAUGUUCAUUACUUUGCUAGUUAUGGUUAUUGUAUUGUCUGUGUAGCCCACUCGUCUCUGCAGUUUUUUGGCGCCACGGCACAUCUAUAAAAUCAUGUAUGCGCAUCUUAAGCAGUUGCCACAAAAGCUGGUAAAGCAAUAUCAGUACAACGGAUUGUGCUUUUAGAGUGUCAUGAACAGUAAUACAAAUGAAUUCUUGC